AUGGCAUCUGAUCCCGCAACGUCAACAAAGACGGACGAUGUCUCGCACACUAUAACUACACUGGCCAUGACGACGGCCUUCACUCCGCCGGCGUCUUGCUCGAGCUCAUGGACGUAUGAGCCGUCAGUGGCCAACAACGUGCUAAAUGGGCUGCUACUACAGAACGCCGCCGCAUCUGACAAUGCGGAUCCCGCUUGCUUUCCGUCGGGCUUCAGUCAAUAUGGUAGGAAGACAGCCGACCGUGUUUAUAGCCCCGGUUACUGUCCUAUAGGAUACACGUCCGCCGAUGUGGCCAUUGAACAACCUACAACGACUGUAGUCUGUUGUCUCUCAAAAUACUCGUAUAUGACCAAGAUCAUGGAAAAUAACGGCGCAAUAUAUGCUGGCUGCAUAAGCACCUUCCCAUCAACAACCUCUACUAUCGUCACUGUUCGCCAAGACCCGAAGAAAAGCACCCAGGUACAAGGCCCCAUUACUAUGUGGGCACAGCCGAUUACAAUACAGCUGCAAUCGUCCGAUUUGAGCCUAUUUGUUUCUGCCACUCCAACCACUGCAGCUUCUUCCACAUCUGAUGCUCCUUCAACUCAGCCCACCACCGCUCAUCACACAACCGCUCCUCCGACAGCGACAGCAUCCGGAGAAACUACAAGCUCUGGAUCCAGUGGUAUAUCGACAGGGGCUGGAAUAGGGAUAGGUGUGGGUGCGGGUGUUGGCGGACUCAUUGUUCUUACGGCGAUUGGGCUUUGGUUCUUCCGUCGCCGACGGAGAGCUAACAAGAAUUUGACGUCCAUGACUGACCCCUUCGGCUCCCAAGGAAUGCCGGGCUACCAUCGUGCUCGAAAGAUAAAUGCGGACCCAGCAGAGCUGGACACUUCUGCUCGUCAGUCUCAAAAUAUACAUGAACUUGGCUGA